AUUUCAUUGAUGAUUGGCUAGACAUAAGGGACGGAAAAAGUUUAUUGGCAAUUGUUUUGAUUCACCAGUUAAAUACGUUUAAUUUGAGAAAAUUAGUAUAAUUUAACAAGAAAAAUUGCAAAUCAAACAGUGCAAGCGGAUAAAGAAAUAACUUUACUAUAUAUUGUGCGAGAAAUUUGGAAAUCUUCGUAUAAAGUUUCAACUACACUACGCCAACGUCCACUUGACGCACGCAACCGAGAUGGGCAACAUGUCGGAUAAUCAACAGACGCCAGCGUCUGCGUCGCAAGGAGAGGAGCAGGAGCUGGGUCCGCCAAAGGCCGACUUUAGUGCACCGCCACCCUAUGAGCUCGUCAAUAAUAAUGUUGGUGGCAUGCCACAGCAGCAGCUGCAGCAAAAUGCAACAAUUCAGCUACAACAACAACAGCAGCUGCCACCACCGUAUCUACAGGUGUCGCUGCCACCAUUAGACUCAUCGUUGUCACAACCACCGCCACCACCACCACCACCAGGCGGCGUUAUAAUGUCUGGCGAUAUGCCAAAAAUGCAAUCGGACGUCAAAUUGCCCACAUAUGAAGAAGUGCAACGGCAGAAGUCAGCAAAUGGCGAAUUGCCAUUCAUGAAUUCACACGUGCUGCCGCCGCAUUUACGUGACAGCAAUACGCCGACUAAUGGUGGCGGCAGUAGCAACAAUUCGAAUGGCACUGCGCCAGCUCUAACAUUUAUCGCUAUCGAUGCAUCGGAUGCUGAGAAUUUGACCAGCAACAAUGACAACAGUGUGCUCGGCACCGAUGCCAUGUUCAUAUUGGCCUUCAUGGUGGCAUUCCUCUUCAAUUGGAUUGGCUUUUUGAUGCUCACCUGCUUUUGUCAGACGAUUGCUGCACGCUACGGUGCAUUGUCCGGCUUCGGUUUGUCGCUGGCCAAGUGGACGCUCAUUGUUAAGAAUUCCACGGAGUUGGCAUCGCAUGAAAACUCUUGGCUGUGGUGGCUAACCAUGGCAUUUGGCUUUUUAAUUUGUAUACGCGCAUUCCUACAGUAUAUAUCGAUUAAGCGCACUUGGCGAUUGCUUAGCACAUCGGCGCAAGAGCGUUUGCUAUUUUUCUACUAGUGGAGCGCGGUGAGCGUGUUGUUGAUACUGUGGUGCUUAGUUGCUACAUAGUGCAGCACACAUUUUAUAUAUGUGCAUAUAUUAUUUUUUUUUAACAUAUUUUCAUUUAGCUUGUUUUAGUUAGUUUGCCUCACCAUUGGUAUUAGAAUUAGAGCACUCGAGGUACUUAAACGCGAUGCCAUUUUAGUAGUUUUUCUUAUUUUUUUUUUGUAAUCCAAGCGAUUACAUACAUAUGUAGUUGAAUUUUAAAAUUGUAGUGUCUAUUUUAUAUGAUAUGUGUAUAUGUUUCAAAAACCGAAUACGAAUGUAUAUUUCCGAGCAUAAUUGAGCAUACUUGUUAUUUUUACUAUUAUCUAUGUGAAUGUGUAUUGUGAACGCAGAUGUACAUAUAUGCAUUGUGCGUUUAUUUCAAAUAUAUUGGAAUUAAAUAACA